GUAAUGGGAAAUGAAAGGGAAGUCCAGGGAAAUGAAAAAUUGGCAAAAAUGAUUGCGUUGCAUAUUUGCCUUUUUUCACUUUGACGGCUGCUGAACCUCAGCUUUGUCUAUGAAAGCUCGCUCGUUGCAUUGUCCCAUGGAAAAUGACACCGCGAAACGGAAUGGUUCGCCAAGCUUCCCUAUCAUCGUUAAACAUAAGUUUAAAGGAUUUGCCGGAGAAAAUUUGCUUGGGGGACUCUUUCAACGGUGGUGGUACAGGCUGUGAUGUGAGCUUUUUGAAAAGCAGCGGCUUGGGAGUUUCUCGAAUGCUCCGUUUUUCUUUACAGACGAAAUGCUUGCAGGAAGAGCCAACACAACCGAGCUUUCGUAUGACACAUUUUAUGCUAGCGAUCCCAAAACUUUAGUUUUAUCAUGCCUCGGUGCCAUGGGCAACGGCAAAAGCAGUCUGCUCAACGCCAUUUGCGAUGAACAAAUCUAUCGAACUGGAAGAGGUGCAGAGCCCAUUACGAAGCAUGUCGAAUCAGUCCUGCGACCCUGGGCCAACCCUCCUAUCUCUCGGUACUGCCAGUUCAUCGAUACUCCCGGUAUGUGCGAUUCAUCAGUUCGCGACCGAGAGAACAUGCAAGAAUGCGUUCGCUACUUCAAAAGUCUUUCGUUCGGUGUUAGCGCAUUUUUGCUGGUUUUUAAUAUCAAUGAUACCAGAUUGGACGCAUAUACCCAAAACAUGUUGAACUUGUUUGAGCAGCUGCUCGGCCGAGAAUUCUGGAAAUAUGUCAUUCUGGUGUUUACGCAUGUCGAUGAGAAUAUCAGAGAUCUCCUUGAAGAUAACAUCGAUGUAUUAGAAGAUCCCAACGAGGGUUUCGUGAGUGAACUCCGAAGAGUGUUCAAACUGGACAAGCGAACGUUCGAUCCUCCCAUGGUCUUUCUACCAAUGUAAAACUCAUAUUAAACUGUGUUGUAUAUUCAUGUGCCG